CGCUUGUGUAUAGAAAAACCGUUAACAAUACAUUCGUCGUCAAUUUGUAUUCUUUUUGUUUCCUCGUGUAAUUUACACGGACUUGCAGCAAGGUUUAGACACAGAGAGAAAAAGAUCAGUAUUGUGAGUGUAAUAGAGGCAGAAAGUGUAUUAGGUUUAAGGAUUGCUGCACCUUUAUUUUUGUUUUUAUUAUUCCCAAUCGAUUUAUUUUUAACAAAUUUUUGUCCCUUUUUAGUAACGUCAUCGUCCAAAAUAUCUUUUGAAUAAAAAUCCGCUCUCAUUCGUUUAAAGUCAUUAUUUAACCUUUCAUUUUGUGUUUUUAAUGUUUGAAUUUCUUCAUUGCGGGUUUUUUCCAGCUCGGUUAUUUUUUCAUUUACAUUAUUUAAAAUUAAUUUUGUUUCUUUUAUUUCAUUUUGCAAGUUUUAGAAAUUUCAUCUUUACUAAUUUUUAUUUCCCUUCUCAAGAUUUUAUUUUCAUCUUCUAAAGUUUUAUAUUUAUAAUCAUAAGAUUUAUCUCUUGGUUGCCUAUCCUGUUUUUUAAAUUUUUUAUCGAAUGAUUUUUCCCCGCGUUGCCAAUCAUGACUUGAACCUGUUUGAAAAUCACAAUCGUAAUCCAUAUGCGGGCCCCCACAAAAUUUACAAGGUCUCCACAUUAUUGGCUCAUCCUCAAAAUACAUACAAAUUUUAGCACUCUC